UCAAACUGUCCACUUUCUCGUUUCAUUUCCCUGACACUGAUAACCAAUUGAUGCAGGAUUGUGCUUUCAAGGGUAAAUUAUCAAUAUAAGACAUCAGCUGUCACCCUUGGCUUUGAGCAGAAGGUUGGAACAGGUCCUUGACCACACUUUGCACUUACAGAAAAACACUAAAUCUUGUCCGGUCCCUCUUUGCAUUUCUUUGAAGUGUCUCUUUAGAACAGUGUUCCUCUGCAGAGCAUGUUUGUCCUCCCUUUGCAAUCCAAUUUGUUAUCUUUCCUCAUCCGUCCUAAACCCUUCUUCUUUUUCAGUAAUAAGAUUGGUGCUGUUYAGCUAGAGAUUUAAAGGCUACACACACAAACAGGAGCUACUUCUACCCCACAAUUACAGUCCUGCCACACCUCCAGUUAUCUGUWAUCUCCCUCAGUAGACCAGAGUGGAGGGUGAACAAAUUACGGAGACGAGUGAAAAAGGCAGUGAAAGGUACCACUGAAGUAACAAACGUCACAGGAUUCAAAGGACAAGAGGAACAUAAAUCAAAUAAAAGAUCACAAUGGUGUGAAAGAGGAGACAACCUCAGAAACUGUUGGAUUAUAUUUCGUGUGGGAGGCAAGCAGUGUUGAGGUAUUUCAUACAUCUUGUCUUUCAUCAUGGUGGACCUGUUCCUAAACCGAGUCCUCGUGGAGAACAACUCAGACCAGGAUCAGCUCAACACGGAGCGUGAGAUCAUCGGYAUCCUGGAAAACCGCAUCCUGUUGCUUUUCUUUGCAGCUGCUGAGUGUGAUGAGUGCCAGAAGUUUGUGCCAGACCUGAAUGAGUUUUUUAAAAAGCUGAAAGGUCCAGCGUACAUCGAAUACCCCAAACUGUUAGCACUCAUCUACAUCAGCUUGGACCAAUCAGAGAAGCAGCAGGAAAGAUUUCUGAAAAAGCUGCACGAAAAGAUGUUGUUUUUGGCCUUUGAGGACCCGUAUAAAAAGGAGCUGCAGACCAUGUUUGAGGUGAAGGACCUCCCAACAGUCGUCGUCCUGCGGCCUGACGGCUCAGUCCUCUCUCUGAAUGCAGUGAAGGAAAUCUCUCGCCUGGGAACCGACUGCUUCAASAACUGGCAGGAGUCAGCUAAGCUCAUCGAGAGGACUUUCAUGCUGAAUGAGGAUUUCAACGACCCGGACCUUCGAAGUGCCACCGACGCUGUGAGGAGGCUCAAAUACAAGACUGAGGAUGACAAGAGGAAAAAGAGAUGGUGGAAAUUCUAGGAGAAGGGGAAWGAGGGGAAGGAUGAGGAAGAGAAAGAUGAAACUUGGGAAGUAAAGACAAAGGAAAACCAAGGAAUUCAGAGGAGAAGAUGAAGAGAAAGUUUUAAAAAGCUAUUUUAUGCACUCUAAACAUAUAUGAAUGUAACUGUUCACUUUUUUCCUGAACCAAGUGUACAAUUUAUUAGCUCUUAUUCUUUAUAAUUGUUAUCAAUAAAACAGUUGUUAUUUCUGUAGACCUGAAAGCAAACAAAAUAUUUAUUUAUAAUCAAUACAAAUAGUAAGUUUUACAU